UUUUGUAAUCUCCUCUGCCCCACCAGAGCGGUGAGAUGCUGGGAUUGUGUUUGUUAUACCCUCACUCACUGGAAGCAGCAGCAGCAGCUCUUCAGAGCCAUCUGUAAAGAGGCAGUGGAGCUGCAACUAAACUCUACUGGGAAAUCGACCUGGCGGCUUCGCGUCUAUUGCCAUUAAACAUUGAACAAGAAUUGUUUUUGUUAUCUUUUGACUUGUAUCCGGGUUUAGUCCAGUUAUUUCAGAAGAACUGAGCAGAAUAAUCAUACAAUAAGAUGGCUUCUGCAACAGAUUCUAGAUAUGGUCAAAAGGAUGCAUCUGAUCAGAACUUUGAUUACAUGUUCAAGCUUCUCAUUAUUGGAAACAGCAGCGUUGGAAAGACAUCUUUCCUCUUCAGAUACGCAGAUGACACAUUCACAUCGGCCUUCGUUAGCACUGUUGGUAUUGACUUCAAAGUGAAGACUGUUUACAGAAAUGAUAAAAGGGUCAAGUUACAGAUUUGGGACACAGCUGGUCAAGAGCGAUACAGAACCAUUACUACUGCUUAUUACAGAGGAGCCAUGGGCUUCAUACUUAUGUACGACAUUGCCAAUCAAGAAUCCUUUAAUGCAGUGCAGGACUGGGCAACCCAAAUCAAAACCUACUCAUGGGACAAUGCACAAGUCAUCCUCGUGGGAAAUAAAUGCGAUAUGGAAGAUGAGCGCAUAGUUCCUGCUGAAAAGGGAAAACAUCUGGCUGAGCAGCUAGGAUUUGAGUUUUUUGAGGUCAGCGCCAAAGAAAACAUCAAUGUCAAGCAGGUCUUUGAACGUCUAGUAGACAUCAUAUGUGAGAAAAUGUCAGAAAACCUGGAUUCUGAUCCUUCAAUGGCCAGCAGCAGCAAGCACACAAGGUUGACAGACAACCCACCAUCAAUGCAGCAGAACUGCGCCUGCUAGUGACUUCUGAUCUUGGUGACCUCUGACCUUUCCCUCCUACUUUCUUCAGUUUCUCUUUAUAGUUGCAUGUGGUAUGGAGACAACCAAAUCCUUAUUUAUUCAAAGUUAUACAGAUAGUGGAACUAAGAUAUUUAUUUAUUAUCCUUUAAAAUAUGUUUAAAUGUUACUGUAAGAGGCUUACUUACUGUUACACAAAGUGGAUGUUCACAUUUAUUAAAAGUUCUACUAUAUUA